UGACUUAAAAAAGAAAGAUGCCUUCAAAACCAACCUCAAACGGCACAAAACGCACACCAUCAUCACAAGGUUCAAAGGAACCCACUACACCACCAUCACGAGCCCAAGAACUCACUACACCAUCCCGAGCUGAAAAACCCACUACACAAUCACGAGCCGAAAAACCCACUACACCAUCACGAGCCAAAAAACCCACCACACCAUCACGAGCCAAAAAACCCACUACACUAUCACAAGCCAAAAAACCCACUACACCAUCACAAGCCAAAAAACCCACUACACCAUCACGAGCCAAAAAACCCACUACACCAUCACAAGCCGAAAAACCCACUACACCAUCACAAGCCCAAGAACCCACUACACCAUCACAAGCCCAAGUUGCUGCAACACCACCACCAUCAGGAGCACAAGUGCCCAGGACACUGCCAUCAACUGCCCAAGUCUCCCCUGUAGGACCUACAUUUCAAGGUAAGCAGAGAUAGACAGCUUAUUUUGAACUUCUAAAUGGA